GCCCUCGUGUGGUUCGUUUGCCACAACUUCACAGUUUUGCUUUCUUUCAGGGAGUGCUGUUUGGCAGCUGCAGUGGGCGGGGGAAAUGAUAAGCAGUAAAGCUAGGGAGGAAACUGAAAACCAACAGACGGGAAGGAAAAAGCCUCUGUAAAAGUAAGAAAGAAAGAAAGUUAAAAGAAGCGUUGAUUACAAAUGUGCGUGAUUUGACAAUAAUUUGUGAGUUGAAGAAAGAGAGGACCAUUUCAACUUCCCAGCUUCAUACCAGGUUGCUGAUUUAUCGAUUUUUAAAUGAUGGUGCAACAGUACCUUUAAAGGCAAAUAAGUACUCUCUUAUAUUAAAGGUCAUGGGGACUUGACCUCAACAACAGUUUUUCAUAAUUAAGAGACACUUGUAGAGCGUCAUGAUGUCGUCGUCUACUGACACUGGUGAAGACAUCCGAGUCUGGUUAGAAAGCAUCCACCUACAGCAGUACAUCGGUGGUUUCAUACAGGCUGGUUAUCACACGCUGGAAGACUGUGCCAAUCUGAAUAAUGAGGUUCUUCUGCACAUUGGGGUGACACCUACAGGACACAGGAAGAGAAUUCUUAAUCAUCUACAAUCCCUGCCCCUGCUGGAUUGCAGUGACAGAGUGGCAGUAGAUGAAAGUGAAACAAAAGCAACACCAGCUGGGACCGGUGGUUACGAUUCUUCUUUACAGACUAGAGUAUCAAGUGAGAAAAUAGGAGGACAACCAACUCCCAAGACUAGAACUAUUUAUUCAAAAGGUAGAAAUGCUGUAAAAGGGGCAGAGAUCUUGUCUAAGGCUCAGGAUGAUGGACAUUAUAUUGAGCCAUACAGUCAAUCACAUAAUAUUGAAGCUAAGAGUGCAGACCUGGUCUGUGGGUCACAAACAGAGCAAGGCAAGCCCCAAACGUGCUGCAUACAAAGUGAACCUCCUUUUUCUUCACUUUCUUCCUUGUGUCCGAUAUCUGAAAAUGAACAUUCAUUUGAGGAACCCAUAUACAAUCCUUUUAAAGGGAAAAUGGUCGUCAAUGAGUUAUACUCUGAAAGAACAGACUUGGUAGGACAGGCUCCCAUGCAGCCAGUUUCUAGGUCGUUUAAACUUCGUCACAGACCAGUGCCACAAAUUCCAUUUCACACGGUUGCUCCUUUGGAAGACAAGAAUCUGCUAAAAAGAAGAAAUGCUGAACUGUCAUCUAUCUGCAACGUACAAAACAUUUCGAAUGCAGCACUGCAGAAAGCAUCUCUUGAGUUCACCCCAUCUCCGAUAUGUCCAUAUGGAGAAACAUUUUUAUAUAACAGUCCUGGACAGUAUCAAGAGAACAGUCCACAAGAAAUGGAAGAGCAGUUACAGAGUUGGAAGUUGUGUUCCAAGGAAUCAGACAUCACAGACAGUCAAGACAAGGCACAGACCCAACAGAAAGACACUUCAUUGUCGAAAGAGGACUAUUCUGAUUUGGAAUAUUCCACAGUGAAAUGGUGUUCAAGGACCUUCACAAGAAGAAGCCCUGAUAGAACCAAAUAUGAUUCAUUCACAUUAGAAACCUUCCAUCAAACUCAUUCACACCACUCAGCCUAUAGCAUGGGAUAUUCCUUGCCAUGUGAUGUGGUGGGCGCACGAGCAUGUAACAACCUUCCAGCUCGGAUUGACUCAGAAAUCUCUCCCUAUGCUUGCUACUACGGGUCUUCAAAGAGAAGGAGUCUAAAGGGAUGGCUCGAUAAGCUUUCUCCUCAAGGAAAAUGUGUGUUUCAGAAGCGAUGGGUUAAGUUUGAUGGGGAAAAUCUGUCAUACUUCAACAAUGACAAGGAAAUGUAUUCCAAAGGACUAAUUCCACUUUCUGCAAUAAACACGGUUCGACCUUUGGGAGAUAGCAAGUUUGAAGUUGUAACAUCCCACAGGACCUUUGUUUUCCGGGUUGAAAAAGAAGGUGACAGACAUGACUGGAUAAAUACACUUUUGAUUGCUUUGAGAACUCGGUCCAGAAUUUCUCAAGGGAGUUUCAAACGUACCUUUGACAGGUGUGGAUAUCUGGAACUAAGGGGGCACAAAGGAAAAAUCUUUAUGGUCCUGGUUGGAACUAAAGUUAGACUUUGUAAAAAUGAACAGGAUUUUAAAUCUGGACUUGCCAUCACUGUCAUUGGACUGGAUGUUACUACAGUGAACGAUCUUGAACGCAAAUGUUUUGAGCUAAAUACACCUUUCAGAAACUUUUGCUUUGCAGCGGAUUCGGAAAGAGAGAAACAGGAGUGGAUUGAAGCAGUCCAGGAAUCGAUAGCAGAGACACUCUCCGAUUAUGAAGUAGCUGAGAAGAUCUGGUUCAAUGAAUCCAAUAGGAGCUGUGCAGAUUGCUGUGCACCCAAGCCUGAGUGGGCAUCCAUCAAUCUGUGUGUUGUCAUUUGUAAGAAGUGUGCAGCUCAGCACAGGUCACUGGGAUCCAAUAUUUCAAAGGUUCGAAGUCUUAAAUUGGACACCAGUAUUUGGAACAAUGAGUUGGUGGAGCUUUUUCUAGUUGUUGGCAACAGGGGUUCAAAUAGCUUCUGGGCAGCAAACCUUCCUCAAGAGGAACAACUAGAUUCGGAUGGAUCCCCAGAACAACGAAAUGCCUUCAUAGUCAAGAAAUAUAGAGACAGAAAGUUCAGGAAAAUCUUAUCUGACUUUGUUAAUCAAGAGCAGUUAAACCAGGCCUUAUGUGUGUCUGUACUCCAACAAGACGUCCUGGAGACCAUGUCCUUGGUAUUUAGUGGCGCUGAUGUCAUGUGUGCUACAGGAGACCCGAUCCACUGUACUCCUUACCUACUGGCACAAACAGCAGGUCACCGAUUGCAGAUGGAGUUCCUCUACCAUAAUAAACUAUCAGAUUUCCCCAAACUUGACCCUGUGUAUGAAAGGAGAUUUAAUCAUGAUGCAUCUUCCUUCAUGCAUGGUUUUCUUUAUGAAGCUGUAAAUAUUGCUAAGUCCUUUACUGAGAAAAAACUGAAAGACGACAUGAGUAAGCGAUGGUGCACCCUGGAAGGUGGGUUUCUAAGUUAUUAUGAAAAUGACAAGACCGCAACACCCAAUGGAAGAAUCGAUAUCAGUGAAGUUGUCUGCCUAGCUGUGGAUAAGACUGAAUACAUAAUGGGAGUUGGGGCUAUCUUUACCUUUGAGAUAUAUCUGCUGUCUGAGCGUGCCUUCCUGUUCGGAACCCAGACCACAGGAUCUCAGAGCGACUGGGCACAGGCAAUCGCAAAGCAUUUCAUCCCCUCAGCGGUUGAAAACCUGUCAGAGAAAGAUUAUGAAUUGAUUGGACGACUCUACUACAAGGAAGGCCGUAAUCUAUAUCACUGGGGAGUUGGGUGGUUUGCUUUAGACAAAUCCUGCCUAUAUUUCUGUGAUGAGCUAGACAGAGCAGAGGUGGAAUCAUUGCAGUUAAAAAGACUUCAAGAACUCACUGUUAGCACACAACUUGAAGGUGGUGAAAGGAUUGACGUUUUGUUACUGGUUGAAAGUGGAAGAACAUUGUACAUCCAUGGCAAUACUAAGUUGGAUUUCAUGGUCUGGUAUUCUGCAAUCCAAAAGGCAGCAGGUACAAACAGCAAUGCAUUGCCAGACCAGCAACUCAGCAAAAAUGACAUUCCUAUCAUCGUGGAGAGCUGCAUAGCAUUUGUUACUCAGUACGGUCUGUGCUACGAAGGUAUUUAUCAGAAGAAUGGGAACCCAGCACUGGUUGCGCAGCUUCUAGAGCGAUUUAGGAAGGAUGCAAGGAAUGUGAAACUAAGAGCUGGUCAACAUCAACUGGAGGAUGUAACUGAUGUUCUGAAGUGUUUCCUUUUCAAGAUAUACGAUGCUCUGCUCACUAAAGAGCUUUAUCCAUACUGGAUAUCUGUAUUAGAUCUAGAAAACAAGAAAGGCCGAAUUGAAAAGUACACAACCUUUAUCAGAUCCUUGCCUCGAGUCAACAGGACAACUCUGUCAGCUUUGAUAGGACACUUGUACAGGGUGCAGAAAUGUUCAAAUAUGAAUCAGAUGUGUACACACAAUUUAGCUUUGGUAUUUUCAUCCUGUUUAUUCCAAACUGAAGGACAAACUAGCCAAGAAGUCACUGUCAUUGAAGACCUUAUAAACAAUUAUGCAGAAUUGUUUGAUGUUAAUGAAUAUCAAGUUAAACAGAUGGAAAUAGAGAACAGGUUUAUAACCAAAUUGAAAGAUACUUUGUAUUCACAGGCAGGAGACAUCAUCAUUGAGGUUUACCUGGAGAGAAAGGUGCCCGAGCAUUGUCUUAAUGUCAAGGUUUCUCCAACCAUGAAAGCAGAAGAGUUGGCUGAUUGUGUGUUGGAGAUGAAGAGAAUCGUUCCUGACCAGAAUGAUGUGUGGACCACAUUUGAAGCUAUUGAGAAUGGGGAGCUCGAACGUCCAUUACACUACAGAGAGAAGGUCCUGGAGCAAGUCCUUGAGUGGAGCUCUCUCGAAGAACCUGGCUCUGCAUUUUUAAUUAUCAAAAAUGUUAAGGCGGCCAAUGUAGAUCGACUCCUCCAAGGAAACACCAAGGGCUUUAUUAAAAGUGGAUACAUGAAAUUCAAGGAAGGACCAUCUAAACUAUUGUCUGGAAAUAAAUUCCAGGAUCGCUAUUUUAUAUUACGAGAUGAAAAGCUGUUGCAGUUCAGAGAUAUAAAAAGCACCAAACCUGAAAAGGAGAUCUCUGUGAAGUCCUUCAAAUUUUACCUGGGCCUUAAGAAAAGACUGAAGCCUCCAACAUGCUGGGGAUUUACUAUAUACACAGAAAAGCAGCAGUGGUAUUUGUGUUGUGAUGGACAAGACAUACAGAUGGAGUGGAUGAUGGGAAUCCUCAGAGUACAGAAUGGAGAUGAUCUGUGGUCUCUGGGUAGAACGCAUCAUCUGCCAGUUGAACAUAAAAGCCCAAAAGUUGGUGGCGUCUCUUUCAUUCCAGCUGUCCAGCAACAAAAUAUUGGAGAAAUGAACGUCAAACAGAUUGACAGGAAAUCAGACACCUGUAAUGCUGAAGGCAGCUGUGAAGAGGAUGCUAAUGCCAGUUUAAAACAAAAAGCCUCUUUGGUGGCCGACUGCUUGAAACAGAAAGAAGCAUCAACAAGCAGUGUGAACAUUGUAAAACCGAACAAGCGGACAAGAGGAUACCAAGCAUAUUCUGAUCCUUCCCGUAACAAUGCAAAGCAUGGAAUAGUGAGAGAUAAAAGCCCUCUUAACAUGUCACCAAAUGCCAUGUAUCGAUGCGAGGCACAGCUACCCCCAAGUCUUUUACAGGAACUUAACACAGUGUUGAGUAAAAAUAACCGAGGUGCUAAAAAGAAAUAAGUCAGAUGCAACAAAUAAAAAAUCACACUAAAAGAAAUGUACCUUUCAAACAAAGAUACAAAGGUUUUGGGCAAUUAUUUUUUGUUGCUGACAUUUUUAAAGCUACACUGAUAUUUCCGGUAAAGCAGGUUUCCAUUAAAGAGCAGCAGUAAAGGUCACCCCAGGCUUUACUUGUAAGGCUUCAGUUUUGAUUUGAGAAACGUGACUAUAUUAUACAGUUUGUGCUAUAUUAAAGUUAUGUCAUUAUGCAAGCUAAGUAAUGAGCCAUACAACUCCAAACGUCCAAAAAUAAGAGAAGCCCACAAAUUAAACUCCGGACAGAACUAACGGAUGGAUUUAAAUCUGUGGGUGACUGAAAUGAGCCAGGAAAUCCAAUCAAAUCUCAGCCUUCCGGGUCAGCUGUCUCCGUCAUGACUGUGAAACACUGGAUUCUGGACUGCAGUAAAAAUACGUCCCCUUUUAAAUAGUGCUUGUUGGUAUAUGUUUAAAUGUGUUCCGGAUUACUGUCAAGCUUGAAUAGAAAUACUGCACCUUUCUUCUAUCAAUCUUGAUCAGAUCUUCAACUCCAGUGGCUGAAAAACAGCCGCAGACCAUAAAAGAACAUAAUAUGCUCAAAUUUUAGUGUCAGCCAAAUGCAUACUCUGCACUGAAUUUAUAUUACAAUGUUGGGUUUGUCUAAUAAUAUUGAACAUUUUGUCCCGUCCCGUCCCCCCCCAGUGUAAGCUAACAUUGAGACUACAUUGAACAUACUGUCAGAUGUUUCUGUAAGGAAUAAGAGCCAUUGUUAACCUCAAAUAGUGAUUUCUCACUAACACACUGCUAAUUUAAAUUCAUUUGAAAACUAAUAGGGGAGGGGAAAACUGCAAAUGACACCUCUAUCUUCUGCAUAUUUCACUUUGGACGCUUUUAAUGUUGAAGAGUUGGAAUGACCUUAGCCUAAAGUUGGUUAUUGAUUUAAAUUGAUGCAUAUUGUGUUCUAUUCUAUUUAAAUUAAAUUAAAUUGCUGACACCAGGCCGUUAAGUUAAUUUUCACAAAACUGCCAGUACAGACGCCUAGAGUCCGAUGUGGCCUUAUUGACAAACAUAAAUUGAUUUCAACAAGAUGCUUAGUGAAAUAUGUUUUGACAUUGAAUGAAUACAUAGAGGACAUAUCAUGAAAAACCAUGACAUACAAUAUUUAAUAUGGUUGGACCUGCGAUAACAAACAAGCCUUUGAGUGAGUUUGUUAUCCUUCCGACAUACAUCGCCCAUGAUGUCCAAUACAACGUUUUUCAUGUCAUAUCUUGCUUAUGCCACAAAUGGUCAGGUUUUCUGUAAAUAAGAUAUAAGGUACUGUACGGUAAUCCAUUGCUUUUUACAUGGCAGUACAGAGCAGGGGCAACUGAGCUGGCUGUAAGAGUGCAUGUUUCAUUCCAUUCCUCCCAGUGGCUUGUAGUCUUUUAUCUCCAUUAAAAUAUCCUCCUCUACAGGAAGUCAAAAUUUGGAUCAAAGUUUACUUCCAUCCUAAAAUAUUUGUUUUGUAAAUAGUUUGUUUAACAUGAUAUGCAAUAGAAUGUAUUUGUGUUGCAGUAUGUCACAAUGAAACCGGUAGAUGUACCUCAUAUACAUCUUCUCAUACAUGUAACAUUCAUCUUAGGAUCUUUUGAUGUAUCUCUACAGUUUGGUGGCAUGUAUUCAUUAAUGGUGUGUUGAUUAGCUGUACAUACACCCCAUUUUGUACAGAAACAGUAUAAAAACAAUUUUGCACACAUAAACUGUAUUGGCAUCUUACAGUAUUUCCACACUACUUUCUACAAUUUCUGUGAGUCAUUAGGGGAUUGUUCUAAAGCUAGAAUACUGAACGUGUGCCUCCCUAACACAAACUUGACAGGAUAAAAUAAUGCAUUGAAGAGCUAUAACCAGAUUACCCUUACACACAUUGAUUAGUCUUGUAGAAAAAGUGCAAAGUCAAAUUCUCAAAACAAUCUCAAUAAUGUAUAAAGAGCUUGGUACUAAAAAUGCACAUGCAAGUUUGGCAGCUGUUCCAUUAAAUAUUGAUGUUAACAUUUUCUUUUAUAAUGCCUCACUUAGCAAGCUGUCUUUUUAAAAUAUAAUGAUGUGUUUCUUUUGUACAGUUUCUUUAAAAAAUAUAUGUAUAUACACAAAUUAGAAUGGCAAGUUAUGUAAAUAUAUCGUAUCAUUUUUUUCA